GUCUCCCAGAAUGCCGCCUUUAACCUGCAGUCGGUUAACGACAUGUAGCAUAGCAGCAGUGAUUGUUCAGAUGGUGGGUGUAUCACUCUUCAUGCUAGGCUUCUUCCCCGUCAAACCAACUCUCUCCGGCGUUAGCGGUCCUGAGAGUUUUCGUCCACCCGAUCACGAGAUUCACAACCUCACCACUCCGCCCCAUCCUCCUCCUCAUCUCAAAUCCUUGUACCAGGAGUUGUCUGAGAUUCCCCCUUCAUUUGACCGUCUAAUAUUAAUGGUUAUUGAUGGUCUCCCAGCAGAAUUCGUGCUUGGAAAGGAUGGUCAGCCUCCUUCCAAGGCUUUGAUGGAUGCUAUGUCAUAUACUCAGUCACUCUUAAAGAAUGGAAUGGCUAUUGGGUACCAUGCAAAGGCUGCACCACCAACUGUUACUAUGCCUCGCUUGAAGGCUAUGGUUUCAGGGGCCAUUGGAGGAUUCUUGGACGUUGCUUUCAAUUUCAACACACAAGCUCUUUUAGAUGACAAUCUUCUUGGCCAAUUUUUUAGUAUUGGUUGGAAAAUGGUGAUGCUUGGUGAUGAAACAUGGCUUAAGUUGUUUCCAGGAUUAUUCACCAGACAUGAUGGAGUUAGCAGUUUUUAUGUUAAAGAUACUGUACAAGUGGACCAAAAUGUUUCUCGACAUUUGGGAUAUGAGCUUAAUAGGGAUGACUGGGAUCUUUUGAUUCUUCAUUACCUAGGCCUGGAUCAUGUUGGGCAUAUAGGUGGACGCAAUAGUGUUCUGAUGACCCCAAAACUUAUGGAGAUGGAUGAAGUGGUUAAGAUGAUCCAUUUGAAUACUAUCGUACCUCAAGAUGAUAUCAAAAGACAGACACUUCUGGUGGUAGUCAGUGACCAUGGCAUGACUGACAAUGGUAAUCAUGGUGGAUCUUCAUAUGAAGAAACUGAUUCCUUGGUUCUAUUUAUUGGUCCAACAAAGUAUGCCUCUGAUUAUGCAUCGGCAACCCAUAACACAGCUUACCAGGUUGACAUUGCACCAACCCUAGCUCUUCUUUUUGGUGUGCCGAUUCCCAAAAACAAUGUUGGUGUCUUGAUUGCAGAGAUUUUUACUUCUUUAACAGAUGACCAACAACUGCGGGCAUUAGAGUUGAAUUCCUGGCAACUAUUGAGAUUACUCGAAGCACAGUUACCUGGUUUAUCUUGUAGAAGUUUCAAUUCUGAUGGCUUUAGUGAUGAUCAAGGGUUAGGGAUCAGUAAAUGUAGUGGUAGUAUGGAUGAGAUGUUUUGUUGCUUGUAUAGAAAUGCUAAAUUGCUUCACAGUUCAUGGAAGCUUAAGACAGUCUCCAGCAGCCCUGUUGCAGCAUAUCAUGAUUUCCUAAAAGCUGCAAGUGAGUGGUUGUCACACAGAGCCACUGAUAAACCUGUUAAUCUUCUUGCUUAUGGAGUUGCAGCAAUGAUCUUAUCAUGUGUGAUACUGUUCACCCUGAUAUUUUGUCUUUGCAAGGAAGUUGAUCUUAGAGAAAAGCAACUAUUUUCUGACAAGAAUAGAACCCAAGGGUGGCAUUUACACGAGACUUUCACUUUGGGUGUUACUUUGUUCCUUGUUAUAAGUAUGGGGUCUAGUUCUAUGGUAGAGGAAGAGCAAUAUAUUUGGCAUUUUAUGACAUCCACAUUGUAUUUGUUAUUAUUCCGUAACAUAAUACAGUCCUUCCCAGCAGGAACACUGCAAAGUUCAGUAAGUGCAAUCAAGGGACAAAACAAAAAAUGCUAUUUUCAAAUGUGUUCCCUCUUUAUGCUUCUUGUUUCUGGAAGAAUUUUGAGGGGCUGGCAUCAAGGUGGUGUGAAUUGGACUAAUCUUCCUGACAUUUCAAAGUGGCUUGAACAGGCUGGGAGUGAUUACAUAAAAUUGAUCCAUUUAGGCUCUGGGCUCCUGUUGAUGAGUUUAAGCUUAUUUGGUAUAUCUUUAUUGAAAUCAAAGAGAAAUUUCAUUUUGGUGGUUCAGUUAGCCUUUUCUAUACCUGGGUUGUUGGUUUUGCAACAUAUUAUGAAAUAUCAGGACAGCACUUCUACAGCAUCCGGUUAUGGGGCUACCUUACUAGCACAAACAAUUUAUGUGAUUCUUGGUAUCAUGACAACUGGAACUGUCAUAGCCUCACCAUGGUUUAUGCCUGUUUGGAUUUCUGAGACCUGCUCAAGCUGUAAUUUCUACUUUUCAACAUCUGUUUCCAUUGACGGUCAAAACAAGUCUCUCCUGAUUGGAUUGAGAAAUUCUGUCUACUUGAUUGGGUGGGCAUACCUAUAUUUUUGGUGUCUUCUGCAGAUGUUGCUUCAACAGCCAAUUAAUUCAAUGCCUAUACUAUUGCUUCUCAUGCAAAUCCUAGCCAGCAUGUUGUAUUCUUCCAAUGGCAGGACACAUAAGCAGUGGGUUGAGGUUGCUGCAAUAUAUUAUCUGGGAAUGGCAGGCCAUUUUAGUCUUGGGAACAGCAAUACACUAGCUACAAUUGAUGUUGCUGGAGCUUAUAUCGGCCUCUCAAGUCACUCAACAUUACUUUCUGGCAUUUUAAUGUUCAUCAUCACCUAUGCAUCUCCAAUGUUAGCUCUUCUUAGCAUGGUGAUGUACAUCUCACUGAAGGACCCAAGCUAUUUUGUAAUUCCUCAGAAUGCAGAUUAUGGAUAUCUUCUUAAGAUGAUGAUUGGCUGCCCUUGUCUGGUUCCUCUGUGCUUGAAUUCUGUUCUGUUGACUGCAUAUACCAUUGUGUUGUUGCUGAUGAGGAACCAUUUAUUUGUCUGGAGUGUCUUUUCCCCAAAGUAUCUGUAUGUUUGUGCUACAACUGUGUGCGUAUAUGUGGGAGUGUUUGUUGUGGCUGUAACUGGGUUUUAUACAUGUUUGGUCUUUUCCAUGCGGAGAAAGAGGCAGGACCCCUUCAGCAAUGAGAUGGGCAAGAGCUUGAUUGGUGAAUAAUCCAACUGUUAGAUUUCUGGGUACCAAUUCAUGUGGUUCAUUCUGCUUUCUUUCUGGGCCUUGUUUGAUCCUUGAGAAAAUCCUGCUGGACUGGACAAGCGAUGCGAUGGAGGAUCUGGUUUGAAGAAUUGAUAAGCAGCUUCUCACAUCACUUUUUGGUCAACAAAAGCUCCCAAGAGAGAAUACCAUUACCAUGAUUUCACCAUAUUUCCAGGCAAAACUACUUUUAUUAAUUUAUUUUGGCAAAAAUGUUGUGUACAAACCAUCAGAUUACAGCUUUAUUGAGAUGAUAACGGAGCUUAGAGAUGUUAUUUACAAGUAAUUGUUUUACUCUGUAUUUUGAGCUAAUGCAAAUUCUUCUGUUCAAAGGUAA